AGCCACAUGUAGCCUCCCACCCAACUGCGGAAUACAGAGCUCCUAUUUAUAGCGCUAGCGGGGCCUGUAACCCUGGGCAAGGCUGUGACUUUCAUUUCAACAGCCGUCCUGAGCGAGCCACUGCGAGACUCUGAGAGACGAAAGAGAGGAUGAGUCCUUACGAGAGGUUAAAGGACACACAACAAGGACACGAUAAUUAGGAUACGCACGGAUUUGAAUGGAUCGAUAUGGGCUAUGUUGAAAAUAUUACCUGCCAAGGAACUUGACUGACAGGACGACAAACAAGUCCCCCUGUUGGGCACAGAAGGCAAUUGUUGGACAACCGAUCAUGGAUAUAACCUGGGGUCCCUGCAAUUCACUGGAAAACCUUGAAAAGAGCAACUUUUUGAAGGUUGUAUGCCACAGAGUUGAGUAAGACUGCAAUAAUAUUAUUCUAGAAUCAUACUUUGAAAGUCACUGUUGAUUAAUUUAAGACAUAAAUCAACUAUAAAAGGACACUAAAUGUACAUGGUUCUUGAGUGUGAAGCUGUAAUGUAAUAUGGCCAGCACAAGGAAUUGCAGACCUUUGUAAUUAAGGACCGUCUAUAAAAAGCAAAGUAGGAGGUGAGGUGUGAGUCAAAAGGAUAUCGCCGAAUUUCGACAGUCAUUCACAAUGGAUGCCCACGGCGGACACUACCUCAACAAAGAAGCCGUUUUGUCACCGCUCGGGGCAGCCCGAAUGUGCCAGUUGCUGUUCGGCUGCACCAUAAUCGCCCUUGUGUCCCACAGCGCAGGCUACAGCGCCACCUACGGACACUUCUGCAUGUUUGUGUGGUGCUUCUGCUUCGCUGUCACGCUGGUAGUGUUCAGCCUGGACAUUACAAGACUUCACAGCUGCGUGCCUAUCUCGUGGGAUAAUUUCACAGUGGCUUUUGCCAUGCUGGCGACACUCAUGUACAUCACCGCCUCUGUGGUCUACCCCGUGUACUUCCUCGACAUUGAGUGCCCUAGCGAAGGCUGUGAGGAACAAGGCUACCGCAUUGCUGUGACUGUGAUCUCCAGCCUCUGCUGUUUUCCUUACGGGGCUGAAGUCUUCAUAACGAGGGCAAAACCUGGAACUGUGGUGGGUUACAUGGCAACCUUGUCUGGUCUACUCAAGGUAAUACAGGGAUUUGUGGCCUGUAUAAUUUUUGGAGCCCUGGACAAUUACAGCGAGUACAACAACUACAUAGCCACUGAGUACUGUGUGGUUGUGUACAGCUUGUGCUUCUCAAUCACUGUGUUAGUGGUCAUAGCGGCAAUAUCCGGGAAGACCUCUGCCUUGCGGUUCCCUUAUGAUCGGUUUGUGGUUAUCUACACUUUUGUGGCUGUAAUUCUCUACCUCAGUACCGCGCUGAUAUGGCCCAUCUUCAGCUUUGACAAAAAAUACAGCUCUACUGAUCGUCCUGAGAACUGUCCACGUGGAGAAUGUCCCUGGGACAGCAAGUUGGUGAUUGCCGUCUUUUCCAAUGUCAACCUUAUUCUUUAUUUUGCUGAUUUGGUCUACUCCCAAAGGAUUCGCUUCGUCACCAACGCUGUAGUCUGAAAAAUGGCUGUUGGUCAUUGCAGACAUUUGUUCAUAUCAACAACCCGAUCAUUAGUCCACUAAAGGACCUCCAAAAGAGUCAACUGGAGGUUCAGAGAUGAUCUGAUCUCAGCAACUAUGCCAACUAUGCCAACUGAGGAGUUCUACAGAUUACUGUAUAUUGGGUGGUUUCGUACAUCACUGUGCAAGACCACAUAUGAUAUUAUGAUGUUUUAUAUUAUUGUAUUUAUACAUACACAUAUAUAUAU